AUGUCCAUCAAUUUGAUACAACAACAGCAGCAAGAUGACUUGUGUGGAUUAAUGCCUCCAUUAAUGCAUACCAGCUACGAUCACCAUCAACACCAUUCAUCAAUUUCAAGCGAUGAUUACAGUUAUCCUAUGGAGCCUAGCUCUAUGUUGCCUUAUUCGCCUUCUGCUUCAAGCAAGAGACAAUCCGCUGAAACGACACACCAUUACAAUGAUCAAGACCAAUAUCCCUCUUAUGAAGAAUUUGACGUCAUUGUUCAAGAUUACUUGCAAAAUCUAUCAUCAAAGAAGCGAGACAAGGCAUUGAUUGACCAGGCUCGCUAUGCCAUGAUCUUGCAAGUACUGAAAGAUCCUCGAAACACUGCAGUUUCAACUGCGCAAUUCAGAUUUUGGGUAAAGAAGAUGUUUCAAUUGACUUCAAGACAAAUCGUUUGCCAUGAUGGCAAACCUGUUGCAAUGCGGGAGCAGAUUUAUGGCAUCUUGGUGCGCGCUCAUCGUGAAGCUCAUCAUGGAGGCCGAGACAAGACAUCCGCAUUAGUUCGUAGAAAAUACUCUUGGAUUCCAAAAGAGCUGAUUGCUCGAUUUGUGCGUCACUGUCCAUUUUGUAUCUCUCGCAGAAAUGGUAGUCAGCAGAGCCCUUUAUCUCUUGGUAUCUUUUUGCCUGCGACUCCUCCUACGUACUCUAUGGUCUCUAGUGUCUCCAUGUCAGCAGAGGACAGUCGCCAAAGAGCUCCUUCUAUGAUUACUUCAAGCUCGUCUGCUUCGUCAAAUGCGUCUUACCCUGAGGAAAUCAUGAUGAUGGCAGCAGCAACAGCUCACCACCAGCAUCAGCAAUACCAGCAACAACAACCCAUGUCGCCUUUUGGAACCAGCGCUGCACUGGACAUGUCAUGGCAAACGUCUAAUACUUCAUCGCAGCAGCAACAGCAGAGCUUUUAUGUAUCAGAGGCAGCAGCUGCGGCAGCUGUAGCGACUUCAGCAUCAAAUACAAGCUCCAUCUUUGACAGCCACCAUCCUCAUUCACAAAAUGGCUACUACUCGAAUAGUCAUUCAAGACAAGCACCUUACAUGUUGUCCUAUCCUCCAACAUCCAGCUCUCAUGGCCAACAUUCAAUGGGUGCUCAGGGAUCUCAACAACAGCAACAUCAACAACCCAUGACAAUGCAACCUGCUUUAUCUGUAUACUAUGCACAGGAGUAUGGAUUAAAACAAAACCCAGCCUAUUCCUUAAUUGAUUCAACCAACACUAUGACAUUUGUUCCUCCCUCUUCUUCAACAAACUCCUCGCCUGCCACAGCAUCUCGUAAUCUAAGCAAUGCUAUACUCUAUUCUCCUGCUACCCAUGUCUCAAAUACACAGGUAACAGCACCUAUUGUAGGUGGUAACCAUUGUGUUGGCUUGCCCUCACUGUCGCCAUCUUCUUCAUCUACUUCGGCUACUUCGUCACCUGUUCAUCCUGCUUAUCAUGAGACAGCAAGUGACAGUAAAUACAUUCAACGUCAACAAGCAUCAAGCAACAGUGCUACUAAUACAACAACAGUAACAACCACUAGUACACCACAAAAUACUUUGAGCCUACUCUCCCAUCAUCAAUCAUUAUUUUAA